AUGCUAUUAAAACUCAUAAAACGUUAGCCAAACUCUCUCGGGCACCAUUAUCGAGGGCCAUUUUCUGAUCAUGUUUUCCGACGCCGGUGGAGUCUUUGCUCGCCGGCGUCGGGAUAUCUCUAAUCAAUUCGCUCUCUCUUGUCUUUACAUCACCUUUUCAAUCCUUUUGUUUUCUUUUCAUCAUCUUCCCGACCAUCACUGCGCUCUUCCUUUGAUUUUGUUAACGGUGGUCGGAGACCCUUUAAUAAUUUUUUCCAAAGCUUUAUCACUUCAUCGUUCUAACCCGCUGGUGGCUUUGGACGAAUCUUACUCCGCCUUGAUGUUGGUGAGAUCCUUAAAAUCCAAACCUGCAGCACCUUUUUCCAAAUGGUACCGCAAGUCGCCGGUCUUGACUACUCCGGUGCCAUAACCUCCGGCGAUGCGUCAUUCCAUUCUAAUUAUCAUCUCGCCGAUGUCCAGCCGCCACAGUCACAGCAUCAUCAACGCAGCCAAAGAGACACUAGGGUUUUCGUUAUUGGGCCUUUCCCAAUUCGGCCCAUGGUGUUUUCUCUCUUGGACCACUUGUAGAAGUGACAGCCUAACUCAUCUUUCCACUAAGCCCAGGUUUUGCCUAAACUCUCAUUUGUGCUUUCUCUGCAAACGUUUGUGUCGAUCUAAGGAACCAGUUGUUAGAGGACAUCGAUUGGAACCUAAUCAAACAUCGCUUCAUUGUUGGUACAAACCUUCUCUGAGAACCUGGCCAUUAAAAUCACUUAAGUGGAUUACUUAUGGUUUUAGCUACCUUUAUCGAGGUCAGAUGAAAGGAUUGAGGAAGAACGGCAUUAUGAUCCCGUCUCCAAGGAGCGGUGAUUACCGCAGCUUCCUCAACCUCCUACCUCCGUACCCCCUGUUCAUCGAGUUCAUUCAUGUGCAAUCUAUCAAUUUCAGUGAUAACUUUCAUAUGCUCAAAACCUUGAAGCUCAGGUCUGGUUAUUUUCUAUGUGUUAAACCGAAGACAAACUUUGUGUGGAAUUCUUAAUCUCCAUGGCCGAGGCUUUCAUGCGAGAGAGGAUCCACCUGUUCUGUUACGGUUUUACACCCAUCACUUGCGAACCCUGGUUUAUGCUUCAUCUAAAGUCUUGAGGUAUGUGUUUAUAAGCUUAAAGGUCUUUGGUCUAAUGCUCUUGAACCCUUCCUGUGAGAGAUUUGAUGGUGGCUUUGGAAGCUUGUCCAAUGACCAUUCUCCAUCAAACUCUUCUGACGACUUCAAGCCAUACACCCUCCACACCACUUCCAAUUGCUAUGUUUUGCCUAAGCUCAAUUCCCACUAUACGGCAGCUCUAGCAAACAACUUCAAGCAUCAGAGCACCUUCACCUUUGCUCGAACCCUUUUCAAAGCACUACUUCGUGUAGCUUUUCUCGUGCCGGCGAGAAUCACGUCUUUGACCCCUUCAUCAACCCCACUUCGUCUCUUGACAAUGGGCAAUCGUUCAUCCAUUGACUUGCUCUUGGAAGAAUCAUCGAUACUCUUUGAUCUCACAUGUAUCAACAAGCUACCUAGCUUUUGGCUCAAAGCUCUCAAGGAACUUUUAUCGAUUAACCUUACCUAUCUUUAUAUCUAUCUUAUGUUGUCUUUGGGGUAUACCCUUUAUUGUGGUGCUUUAAACUUUGGGAAUUCAGUUUUCCUCUAUCUCUGUACUUGGUUUCUACAUUAAUGGAAUGAAAACAAGCUUUUGUUCAAAAAAAAAAAAAAAAAAAAAAA